GUGAGAUCCGGGGAAAUGGCAGUGGCCACGAUGAAAUUGGUCUUAAAAACAACAUUAGGGGGGACAACAGGAUAAAAAUACUUAUUGGGAGCUUGCCCACCGGAACUUUGAAACUUGCCCCAUUUGCUUAAGGACGACAAUAUGCAGGUUGUAUCGACGCUCGCCACUUUGGCGCUUGCCACUAUUGGCAGUGCCCAGUCCAUCACUAAGGUGAACGACUUCAAUGCCAGCCCUACAAAGCUGGGCAUGUACUCCUACGUGCCAAAGAACCUUAAGACCCCGGCUCCUAUCAUCGUCGCCGUACACCACUGCCAAGGCUCCGCUCAACAAUACUCCACCGAGUCUCACUACAUGCCCUUGGCUGACCAACAUGGCUUCAUCUUGAUCUACCCCAACUCGCGAUCCAGCGGUGGUUGCUUCGAUGUCGCUUCCGACGCUACCCUGAAGCAUGAUGGCGGUGGUGACAGCCAGACCAUCAUCAACAUGGUUAAAUACGCUGUAGACAAGUACGGUGGUGAUGCCAACAGGACAUACGUCACUGGAACCAGUUCCGGUGCCAUGAUGACGAACGUGCUUCUCGGAGCUUACCCCGACGUCUUCAAGGCGGGAUCCGUCUACUCUGGUGUCCCCGACGGAUGCUUCUACGUCUCCGGCUCGACCGCCACCCAGGACCCCCCUGGAUGGAACAACGCUUGCGCUAACGGCCAGAGCACCAAGACUGCUCAACAAUGGGGUGACCUCGUCCGAUCCUACUACCCCGACUACACCGGCCCCCGCCCCCGUGUCCAAGUUUGGCACGGAACCUCCGACGGCACCCUCCGAUACCCCAACUACCAAGAAACCCUCAAGGAGUGGUCCAACGUCCUAGGCCUCACGACAUCGGCGGACAAGACCAACACGCCCCAGAGCGGAUACACCCAGACCAUCUACGGAGACGGAGAUGCCGCUACCGCCCAGCUAGUCGGAUACAGCGCCCAAGGAGUCGGCCACACCGUCCCCGUCCACGAGGCUCAGGACCUUGCUUUCUUCGGAAUUGCGUAAAUGGGAAAAUCGGGCUAGGCUUUGAAAGAUACUCAGGUAAAAAUCUGGGAGCUUGGCAGGCCUCAGAUGGAAAGGAAAAUGGCUUAAAAUACCAAUUUUAACAAGUAGUGCAAUGAGAA